UUUAUCCACUUUCAGGGUCAAAUCAUCACCUUCCUGGACGCUCACUGCGAGUGUACCGAGGGAUGGCUGGAACCUCUGCUGGCCAGAAUCGUUCUAGACCGCCGGACGGUGGUGUGCCCAAUCAUCGAUGUGAUAUCGGACGAAACCUUCGAGUACGUGACGGCUUCCGAUCAAACCUGGGGCGGGUUCAAUUGGAAGCUCAAUUUCCGAUGGUAUCGAGUGCCGACGCGGGAGAUGCAGCGAAGGAAUCACGAUCGGACAGCUCCUCUGAGGACUCCCACCAUGGCUGGUGGUCUGUUCUCGAUCGAUAAAGAUUACUUCUACGAGAUCGGUUCGUACGAUGAAGGUAUGGACAUCUGGGGAGGUGAAAAUCUAGAAAUGUCUUUCAGGAUUUGGCAGUGUGGUGGCAUCCUGGAAAUUGCUCCCUGUUCCCAUGUGGGGCACGUUUUCCGAGACAAAUCGCCGUACACGUUCCCGGGAGGCGUUGCUAACAUCGUACUGAAGAAUGCAGCCCGCGUUGCCGAAGUUUGGCUAGACGAGUGGAAAGAGUUCUACUACCAGAUGAGUCCAGGUUCGAAUUGAUCCAAUCUUAGCCGGGUUCCUCCACUCUCUUAUGUAAUC